UGUUGACCACAGAGUUGCACUGGAGGACCUAUAGAUUCCUAGAGAGGGUGUCUUCUCAGGUAAAAACAUAGUGUUUUUGUUAUUUGCAGUUUUUCCAUAUUUGCGGGGGUCUUGUGCCCCUAACCCUUGCGAAUAUGAAGUGACAAGUGUAUUUAAAAGUCUGCCAAUUGUUUGAAUGUUAAUAUAACCACACUGAGCUUUAUUUCUUAAUGCUAUUCAAUAAAGUUACGGUACUGUUUAUUUUACAGUAAUGUCUCUGUCGGCAGUGAUUUCUGUGCAAUAUAAACAAGGACUACACAUACGUGAAAUAUCAGAAUUGGUUUGGGAAGACACUUGGGAUCCUGACCCCUUGCCCUUAAGAAUGACUACUAAUCUAAUCUACAUAAACAUCACAUGACUCUGUGAGUAUAUAAUAUGGCAGAGUAAUCUCUGAUAGCCCACUUGCUUCUCAGUUAACUGCACCCACCUUCCAGACUGCUCAGACCUGACUUGUUAUCAUGAUGCCCGGCGGCUUAACUGAUGCCAAAGCGGUUACUCCAGAUAUUCAACAGCUGGCUGACCAGAUGAAACCUGAAAUAGAACAGAAGGAAAACAAGAGUUAUCCCAUUUUCAAUGCUAUAGAGUACAAAACACAGGUGGUUGCUGGAACAAACUACUUCAUUAAGGUUGAUGCUGGACAGGGAGAAUUUAUGCACUUGCGUAUCUUCAAGCCUCUUCCUCAAUCCAGUGAAGGGCCGUCUCUGAAUAGUUACCAGACGGGAAAGACAGCAAAUGAUCCACUUAACUACUUCUAAGAAGAUCUUUCUAUUGCCUUGUUCUUUUGCCAUGAAAUGAGCUGGCUGCAGAUUGACAAAGAAAGAAAAUCAGCAAACAGCUAUAAAUAAUUUGGGAAGUUUGUGAUUGUAGUUCUGCAUUGAACAGCAUCGACAUUAAAGGGGGGAAAUGUGUAUGUUAAAGGAUAUGUUGAACGCCUACAGCUGAAUAAAGCUGGAAAAUGCCAUCUA